AUGGAAGCACGCAACGAGGAAGCCGCAGGGCUCACCAUACCUGAUGCGCCCCCCGCUACAGGCCUGUUCCCGCAGGACAUCAACAUCGAAGAAAUACGCAAGGCUAUCCAGGGACGCGAUGACUUCCGCGAGGUCAAGAACGCCGACUUUUCGAGCUUCGUCUACUUCCUCGGCAUGGCCAAGGACAUUUUUCCAGACCCGGCCACAGCGCCAGAUGCCGAGACCGCGUACCACUGGCGGCUGCGAAGGGAGUGCCGAGGCAUCAUUUUCUCGCACGCCACGGGCAAGGUGUUGUCGCGCCGCUUCCACAAGUUCUUCAACGUCAACGAAACGGAAGAGGUCGAGGCGGGAAAGAUCAACCUCAACCGGCCGUUCAUCAUCUUGGAGAAGCUGGAUGGCUCGAUGGUGUUUGCCACCAAGAACGGCGUGACCGACACCUCCAAGCUCGUCGAGAGCUACGUCGCUCGUUCGGACAUUCCGUACCUCGAAUACUCGGCUCGUUGGGUCGACAAGGGAUAUUCGCCCAUCUACGAGUGGUGCAGCCAGAAGAGUCGGGUGGUGCUCGACUACCCCGAGGACACGCUCACGCUGAUCUCGGUGCGCCACGUUCACACCGGAGACUACGUCCCGUUCUUCGAGAUGCAGAAGCACGCCAGGCACCACGGCAUUCCCGUGGUCACGUGCCGGACGGCGGAGGAGGUGGGCGUAGGCUCGAUCACCGAAUUCGAGCAGUUUCAGAAGACCAUCCGCGAGAAGAACAUCGGCCUUGAAGGGUUUGUCAUUCGCUUCGAGAAUGGCGAGAUGUACAAGAUCAAGACGGCCUGGUACUGCGACCUCAACAAGACCCUGGACCUCGUUUCGCGAUCGCGAUCGCAGCACGGGUCGGAAAUGGACGUGUGGAAGGUCAUCCUCGAAGAAAAGUACGACGACCUACGGACGUGGCUCGCUGCCGAUGACCGGAACGCGAUGGACCACUUCGCGCGCGACCUGCUCAAGGAGAUCGGCCUCAGCUGCCGCCGACUGAGGGACACGGUGCUCGAGGCGAAGCGGAAGCAGGGCAUGGACAAGAAGAGCUUCGCGGCCUACGCCGCUGCCCAGACGAGCCAGAGGCCGCUCGAGAAGGCGCUCCUCUUCCGCGUGUGGGCCAUGUACGAUCGCGACGCUGACGCCGACGCCGGUGAAGUUGACGGCGAAGCGGUGGAGAAGAACGAAGCUGAAGCAGAGGCGAAGCGCGAAAGCGAAGACGAAGACGAAGAUGACGAUAGCAAGCUGGCGUUGAUCCGACAGGAGGUGAUCGAAACGAUCCUCAAGAACUGCGGCAAGCGGCCCCUCUUCGAGAAGGCCCGGGUGCUGGCCGGCAACAUCACCUACAAGUCCUACAUCGAGAUCUAUCAGCUCUCCCGCGACAAGGCGGCCAAGAAGCUUGACGAAUAG